AAAAAUUAUGGGAAUGAAAAUGUAGGCCUAAAAUUUUCAUUUUCUUCAAAUAUUUUUCUACGCUUUUAUAAAGAAAUAAAAUCGUGGAAGAGCUCUCAGCUCACAUUAGGAGCCUACGAAUCUGCAUGCAAGUGACUUAAGCAACUAGACACAAAAUUUUUUUUCUCCCCCACAAAAUUUUCAAAAUGAGUGUUGAAAGUUGGCACAAAUUCGCGCCUCAUCAUGUCGUGAGGACAAGUGGCUCCAUGAAUCGGCGUGGUAUCUAUUCACUGGCCGAUGAAAAGUUCCUCAAACCAACGCGAAAACCAUUCCAAAAUCAAUUGGAAACUUUCAGCUACAGAACUAACAUACAUCAUGCGAACGUGCAGCGAAUCCGCAGGUAUGAUAUGCCGAUCGAAUUCAAAGCAUCACCCGAUACCUUACUCACUUUGGCCGCCAGAGUUGUGGAUAGAUUUCCGUUGCCAAAAGUCUACGAGUGGACUACUUUCGAAUGUUGUAAGUGGAUGCGUGAAUACGGAUAUCCACAAUAUCAGAACACGCUCCGUGUUAAUCUCAUCACUGGCCGCAGACUACUGCUACUCGACGCACAAUCGCUCUCAGCGAUAAACAUUAAGGAUUUCAAUCACAUAAAACACAUCGCCCACGGCAUACGUCAACUCUUCUACUUUGAGAUGACGAAGUUUGCACGAAGCAUUGCACUGCCUCCCCAAUAUCACCUGGAGCUCUAUAAAUUGUUUCGUGUUAAGACUGGACCACGAUAUGAUGCCACACGUCCCACAGAUCUUUGGCGUCAAUUGCAAUUGUUGCGUGAAGUCACUAAGCCGGCGACACAUUGGGAUUUGCUUGAGCGUUGGCUUAUGCUCAGACCCGAUAGUGUGGAGGUGAUUGGUGGAGCGCCACGUCGAAAACUGUACCGUUGUAAAGUGGCAGAGGAGUCGAACACCGCAGAGCCACCGGAACGUGUUUGUGAAUGCCAGCAUUAUUGUAAUUGCAAAUUCACGCCAGCUUACUAUAAGGAACCUUCGGUGUUGUCAGUGUUGAAACCGUUUCGAACUAAGAAGCUCCACACUCGUGCAGUCGGUUGUAGUGUGACUUGUUUGCCACCCUGCACAUGCAAUUGGCCUAGCAGAUAUUACCAGUUCAAUGAGGUGCUAAAUUACUUGACACAAAAUCUCCCAGUUAAAUACAGUUUUGAAGCGAGAAGAAGAGCACACACCCUCUCAAGUGUUUACAGGGGAAGCAUUGUGAGUUGUGCAAGUUAUGGUAAAUAAUCCUUUGGUUGAGCGAUGGAAGUAAUAAAAUAAAUCUGGUAUUAAACUAUUGUAGAAGUUUCAACGAAA